UUUCCACAGCCCAGGGCCUCCUCCUUGAAGGCCUGCCCUCCACCUGCACCCCAACCCCCAGCUCCUCGGCCCCCUAUUCCCUAACUUUCAACUCGUGUUCUAGCACAGUUCUGCAGGGGUUGGGAGCCGUCGGCCCAGCCCGCAGGGGCUGCUCCUCAGAGAAGCAGGCGGGAAGGCGACCCCGCCACUCUGAGGGCUGGACGGGCCCAGAGCCCCUUCUCCAGCCCGGCUGCCCCAGGGGCCGGGUCUGAGCGGAGUCUGAAGCGCAGAGGAAGGAAGAGCGCCCCAGCUGCGUGCUGUGCCUGCCGGCAGGUCUCCAGCGCAGCGGCUCCUGUGGCCCGCAUGCCUAAUGGGCUAUUUAAGGAGCUGUUCGCCAGCAGCCCGGCUGCCCCCCUCCCCACGCACACCCGUCCAGAGCCACCUUAAAAGCGGGCGGCGACUGUGAAGUUGCUGGCCAGCGAGUGGAGAAGAGACUGCAGGAGAUAAAAGGAGGGCAGCGGGAGAGGCAGAAAGAGUUGUCCUGGGGCCCCCGAAGCCCCGGUGCCCCCUGAAGCAGCUACCCCGAAGCACCGAGGCAGCGAGAAGCUGAGAAAGAUAAAUACACCCGAGCCCAAGAGCCCCUCCUCAGCCCCUGUCCUCCAGCCCCUCGCCCCAGCCUGCACCCACCGUCAGCCUCUCCCUGGACACUAUGCUGGCCUCCGGCCUCCUGCUAGGGCUGACUUGGAUCCUGGCUGCUGACGGGGGUCAACACUGGACAUAUGAGGGCCCUCACGGUCAGGACCACUGGGCAGCCUCUUACCCAGACUGCGGACUCCACGCCCAAUCCCCUGUCAACAUCCAGACUGGCAGCGUAACCUUUGACCCCGACCUGCCCAUGCUGCAGCCCCGCUAUGACCAGCCUGGUGCCGGGGCCCUGGACCUGCACAACAACGGCCACACAGUGCAGCUCUCCCUGCCCCCAGCCCUGCACCUGGAGGGGCUGCCCGGAAAAUACGUGGCCACCCAGCUGCAUCUGCACUGGGGCCGGAAGGGCUCCCCCGGGGGGUCGGAGCACCAGCUGGACGGGCUCGCAGCGGCGGCAGAGCUCCACAUCGUCCACUAUGACUCUGCCGCCUACGACAGCCUGAGCCAGGCGGCCCAGCAGCCCCAGGGCCUGGCCGUCCUGGGUGUCCUGAUCGAGGUGGGCCAGACUAACCCAGCUUACGAGCACAUUCUGAGUCACUUGCACGAAAUCAGACAUAAAGGUCAGACGACCUCCGUGCCCCCCUUCGAUGUGAGAGGGCUGCUCCCCACACAGCUGUGGCAGUUCUUCCGCUACAACGGCUCCCUCACCACGCCGCCCUGCUACCAGAGCGUGCUCUGGACCGUCUUCAACCACAGGGCCCAGAUUUCCGCGGAGCAGCUGGAAACGCUGCAGGAGACACUGUCCUCCACGGAGGAGCAGCCCCCGGAGCCCCUGGCUCAGAACCACCGGGCCCCCCAGCCCCUCAAUCAGCGGACCAUCUUUGCUUCUUUUAUCCAAGAGGAGUCCUCCUACACCACAGGCCAGGUGCUGAGUCUGGGCGUGGGCGCCCUGGUCGGCUGCCUCUGUCUCCUGCUGGCUGCCUAUCUCAUCGCUAGAAAGAUCCGGAAAAAGCGCCUGGGCAACCAGAAGAGCGUGGCGUUCACGUCAGUACAGGUCACCGAGCCAUAGGCCCCUGAGGACCUCCUGGACGCCCUCCAUCACACCUUGCAGGGAGUUUCCAAAAGGGGGCAGGGUGGCCAGAGAACUCCCUCGAAGGCAGAGCCUACCCCUGGGCUCCCUUCCGAGGGGCAGCCGGGAGGGGAGGGGAGCAGGGCCCCCGGCCUCUCCUGGCCUGCAGCCCAGCUCCUAACUGCCAAGGCAAAGGACAGGCAGGUGGAGCUGUAGAAGCUGGGUGUGUCCCAGAGACCGCGGGCCUCACCUUUCCACCCUUUCCCUGGAUGCAGUGCAGAACCCCGUUAGGAAAAAGAGCUCCUGUUGGGGUUAUGUUUUUCCGCUCAAUGUAUGUGGAAAUUAAAGCUUCUGACUCCA